UAUCGGAUAGGGGUUCGGUAUAUUCGAUGGCGGUCAGAGCCGGACCAAAGACCGCAUUGGUCGACAUGCAGCUCCCGACUCACCGCACAGACCACUCCUGAAUGACGACAGCAUGGAGGACGGAUGGGGCUUGCGAUGCGGCACUACUGCUCCUUGGCUCCGGCCGCUGCUUCUUGGGCACUCUUGUCCUUCACGAAGCUGUCAAUGGCCAGGAGCAGCUCGACGCCGUUGGCCUUGGAGAUCGUCGGGUUGCCCAUAAAAUCGACGUUGAGCCGGUAAAAGAUAGACGAGACGUUGCCGGUGACAUCCCAGUCGCGGCCAAGGACCGAGUCGAGCCCGCCGGUCAGGGCAUCGUCGAUGGGCUGCGACAGAGCCGACUGCACGAGGCCCUUGAGCAUCACCUCCAGCAGCUCCAGCACGGACGACAGAAGCUUGCCCGAGUAUCCGGUUCCGAUCUUGUUGUCGAACUUGGAGAUCUUGACCUUGACGUCAUACACAUCGGUCUUGAGCUUGCCCUCGACCUCGUUCAGCCGAACCUUGGCGGUGAUGGAGAGCUCCAGGGUCACUUCGACACGGCCCAGGUUGCCGCCGAUGGUGUUGAGGUCCAGGUGGAUUUGGGCAUCGACAUCGUCGAUGACGACGCUGAGGAAGCCAUCCUCAAUCAGCAGCAGCACCUUUUCGAUAUCAAACUGCGCGAUGGAGACGUUCGAAGCCGUGGCGAACGCUGCCUUGCCAAGCAGCGGCACAUCCUUUGUGAUAUGCUGCUCUUCGAUCUUGGUGUCAAGGGCCAGACGCCGGGCGAUGGGGCCGAUCAGGUUGGCGAUUUCGUUGAAAAUGUCCUGGCACAGCGUGAUCCGGAUCGAGUUCUCGCGGGUGACCUUGGGGCGGGGCAGUUCGCUGGACAUGGCUGGCGGGGUUGGUGGACAGGUCGGUGGACAGGUCGAUGAACAGGUCGAUGAACGGGCGGCCGAGGCGGACGAGAUGGGGGACAG